AUUUGACACCGGAUAUUCAGCGUACAUAAUCUGCAACUCCAAUUUAUAAUUGUGAGUGCAUACACUAUUAUUGGAAAUUAUUGCAGCAACAUGUUUUGUAUUGUGUUUGAGCAUGUCCUCCUAUUAGCCGCMAUGAUUUAACCUUAACCUCACUUUUUUGUUUUAAGAUUUUCUCUAAAAACAAGAAUAUUAAAAAUGGUAUUCACAACUGCAGUGAAUUUUAUAAGAAGUCGAGGUCCCGACGAAUUUUGGCGUAAACGUAAAAUCUUCAAACUAGCUGCUGCUUAUAUCGGAAGAAGACGUAAUUGUUACAGUCUUGCUAUUCGUGGCGUUCAUCGAGCUUUAGUAUACGCAACCAAAGGUAGAAAACUAAAAAAACAGGACUUUUCUAGCUUGUGGGACACUAGAAUUACUGCAGGCUGCGAGCAACAUGAUAUUAAUUACGGCGUAUUUAAAGAGAGUCUGACGAGGUCUAAUAUACUUUUGAAUAGAAACACUUUGGCAACUUUAGCUUGUUGGGAGCCCUUUACUUUCAAAGCUUUAACAGACAUUGCACAUAAAAGGGCCUCAGAUGAUGGCAUUACGCCCCCUAAUGAAAAUAAGGUUCUUUUUGUUCCAAAACGGGGCUCACAGAAGAAAAAUUAAUUGUGUUUUACAACAUUAGAAUUGUGUAGCAUAGAGAAAAUAAUAAACUUAAGAAACUCAAA